AGCUCACCGGAGCACCAACAUGGCGUGGAGGAGCUGCUCCGUCCUGCUCAGGCUGACCGGAGAAGAGGUGCUGCGGGGCCCCGGGAGGGGGGCCAGGUGUCCUCGCAGCUUCCAGCAGAGAUGCAGCUUCAGGAAAGUCUCCAGGAAACCAGAGAAGAAGAUGGAGGAGGAGUUUAGCCCCGCCCCCCAGCAGGCUCCGCCCGCCCCGCCGCGGGCCUUCGGCCGCCUGGUCAGGCCGCUGGUGUUCACCGUGGGGUUCACAGGCUGCUCCUUCGCCUCGGCCGCCGUCUGGCAGUACGAGUCCCUCAAGUCCCGAGUGCAGAGCUACUUCGACCAGGUGCGAGCCGAUUGGCUGGACAGGCUGCGGCCAGCGAAGCGAGGAGACGCCCGCAAGGAGAUCAACCAAUGGUGGAACAGCUUGAGUGAGGGCCAGAGGACGGUGACGGGGAUCAUCGCUGCUAACGUGGCGGUCUUCUGCUGCUGGAGGGUCCCGGCGCUGCAGCGCCUCAUGAUCCGAUACUUCACCGCCAACCCCGCCUCCCGGACUCUGUGCUGGCCCAUGCUGCUCUCCACCUUCAGCCACUUCUCCUUCUUCCACAUGGCGGCCAACAUGUACGUCCUGUGGAGCUUCUCCAGCAGCGCCGUGUCCAUGCUGGGCCGCGAGCAGUUCAUGGCCGUCUACCUGUCUGCGGGCGUCAUCUCCUCGUUCGUCAGCUACGUGAGCAAGACGGCCACGGGGAGGUUCGGCCCGUCGCUCGGAGCGUCUGGAGCCAUCAUGACCAUCCUCGCCGCCGUCUGCACCAAAAUGCCUGAAGCCAAACUGGCCAUCAUCUUCCUCCCAAUGUUCACCUUCACCGCGUCCAACGCGCUGAAGGCCAUCGUUGCCAUGGAUACGGCGGGUCUUGUGUUGGGCUGGAAGUUCUUCGACCAUGCGGCUCAUUUAGGAGGAGCUCUGUUUGGAGUGUGGUACAUCCUGUUUGGUCACGAGUUGAUCUGGAAGAACCGAGAACCUUUCAUCAAACUGUGGCACGAGCUGCGGACCCGCGGCGGCGGUGGCAGCGGUGGCGGCAGCGGCGCGCUGUAGCGCCGUAGUGCCCUGGAGCCAGUCAUCUACAUGUACAGCUGUAUAGAAUGAACAGAGAAUCACUGGACCCAAAGAGCUCCUGGAAACAGGAACGUUCUCGUCUUCUUGUUUGAUUUUGUUCCCGUCGGGUGUUCAGAGAGAGAGAGAGAGAGAGAGAGAGCUUCCUGAACGUUCCACAAAACAACUCCAGGAAAACUAACUCCGCCCUCUCCACUUCUCUCUUCAACAAAAACUGUUUAUCUCCUUAUUUAUGUUGUUCUUUCAAAUUAAAGUACGUUGA